CGUCAGCGUGCGGCGCUCCCGAAUAGAUACAGACCGGAGGGGUCGGUGUUAAGCUAUGAGCUCAAAUAACUUCUUUACAUCCGCUGGUUGAGGUGUGCAUACAUCUGCAGUGCAGAGUGUGUGUGUGUGUGUGUGUGCGCGCCUGCCUGCAGGACACGGUCAGCCAUGCCUGUGACAUCUCAGCUACUCAGGGCUUUGCCUCGCUCCAAGGCCUUUGCCUCCACUCUGUUACCAUGCCAACAACACCAGUCCCAGUUGGGGCCCGUAACUCACCGGCCUGCCUCAAGACAGCCAUCCCACAUGUGGCAAAGGCGCCAGCCAUCGAGAAGUUACCAGACAUCCUUAGUUCUCCACAGCUACGUCCUGACCCCUCCGCAGGUCAACUCCAUUCUUAAAGCCAACGAGUACAGCUUUAAGGUGCCAGAGUUUGAUGGGAAAAAUGUGUCUUCAGUGAUGGGUUUCGAAAGUAAUCAGCUGCCAGCCAAUGCUCCGAUAGAAGAUCGUCGCAGCGCAGCCACGUGCCUGCAGACGCGAGGGAUGCUGCUCGGUGUGUUUGAUGGCCAUGCUGGCUGCGCCUGUGCACAGGCACUGAGUGAGAGGUUGUUCUACUACAUAGCAGUGUCACUGCUGCCCCACGAAACUCUGUGUGAGCUUGAGGCAGCAGUUGAGGCUGGCAGGGCCCUCAGUCCCAUCCUGCAGUGGCACAAACACCCCAAUGACUACUUCAGCAGGGAGGCUCAGAGGCUCUACUUCAACAGCCUCCGAACCUACUGGCAGGAAUUAAUUGAUCUAACAAGCCCAGGUGAGGUUCCAGACAGGCGCGAAGCAUUGCUGAAUGCAUUCAAGAGGCUCGACAAUGACAUUUCACUAGAGGCUCAGGUUGGAGACCCAAAUGCUUUUUUGCACUACUGGGUUCUGAGAGUGGCCUUUUCUGGAGCAACAGCUUGUGUGGCUCACAUCGACGGACCAGACCUCUUUAUAGCCAAUGCAGGAGACGCUCGUGCAGUUUUGGGGGUGCAGGAGGAGGAUGGCUCGUUUAGCGCUCACACACUUUCGAAUGACCACAACUCACAGAACGAGAACGAGGUGGCUCGGAUACGGAGCGAACACCCUCAGUCAGAGAGGAAAACAGUCAUACGUCAGGACCGGCUGCUCGGCCUGCUCAUGCCUUUCCGUGCGUUCGGAGACGUGAAGUUCAAGUGGAGCAUUGAGCUGCAGAAGCGCGUCUUGGAGUCUGGACCUGAUCAGCUUCAUGAAAACGAGCACACCAAGUUCAUCCCCCCAAACUAUCACACCCCUCCUUACUUGACCGCUGAGCCUGAGAUCACGUAUCACAAACUGAGACCACAGGAUCGCUUCCUGGUGAUUGGCUCUGAUGGCCUCUGGGAGACCCUCCACAGGCAGGAAGUGAUUCGUAUCGUCGGGGAGUAUUUAACAGGGGUCCAUCAGCAUCAGCCGCUCAAAGUCGGAGGAUACAGGGUCACCUUGGGACAAAUGCAGGGGCUGCUCGAGGAGCGAAAGGCUCGCGUGUCUUCGGCGUUUGAGGAUCAGAAUUCUGCCACGCACCUGAUGCGCCACGCGGUGGGAAACAACGAGUUUGGCACAGUGGACCACGAGAGGCUGUCAAAGAUGCUGUCGCUGCCCGAGGAGCUGGCUCGCAUGUACCGUGACGACAUCACCAUCAUCAUCACACAGUUCAACCCUCAUGUGAUUGGAGCACAGAGACAGGAAGGCCAGUCGUGAGCUGUUCAAAAGCCAUGUCACACUGACCAGUACACACACUUCUGUCACUGUAGAUCUUUAUCUAAAGCACACUGAUGACAAAAAGGCCAUAUUCAGAAAGUAUCUGUCCAACUGUUAAAUAUCAUUGUUUUAACACUAUGUAAAGAAUUUAUAUGUUUGUAUGCAGUGCUGCAGUUUCUUAUGAAGAUGUCGGCUAAAAACUGGAUGAAAUAUCUCAUACCAUGUUAUUUAUGCUACCACUGUUGCCAUUUUCAUAUACACUUCUCUCUGUGAUUAGACGCUGUCGUAAACUGACUUUCGUGCCAAAACCUUCAACCUCUUCUGCUUAAGAGCUCAGCAGGUUUGAAAAUCUAGAAACUUCCAAAGUGGGCGAAGGGCAGUGGCUUAAAAAGCAAAGAGGCCUUUAGUGACAGCGCUGACUCUGCCUGUUGUUCCGAUAUAGAUUUUAACUGGGCCGUGCCACUGUUGGAGCAUGUUCUUUUUCUCUGCUGUGUCCAGCAUGCAAUCAUAUUCACUUUCUAGCUUGUUUCUGAGAAACUGUUGUUACAACCAGGGUUGUUGCAUCUAUUUGUUUUUAACUUGUGAGAAUGUAUGAGAUAUUCUUAGUGACUCUAAAGACAGAUGCUUUGUUCUGAGUUUACAGUGAGAUCUCCACUUAUUGUGAGUGUUAAGUUGUUCAUAUUUACGUCCGUAUCUAAUGUUGAGGUAAAUAUUCAAGAACGGGAGCUAAAAGAUGACUCUGAAACCUCCUGUGGCUCAAAGUAAAAUAGAGGGCUCACAGUUUUAAGUGAGAGAAACGUCAUUCUGUUACACAGAAAAACUCGUGAGGGAGGGGUUGUGGUUUGAGUGAUCGCUGCUUAUGUUUUAAACAAACAGUAACUUUGGAAGAGAAGUCGUCUCUUCAUCUUAAAGGUCACAAGCUGGAGAGGUUGGGAACCGCUGACAUGAGUGAUUGUUUUCACUUCAAAUCACGGGUACUGUAGCACGGCGCAAAAGCACCUCACAAACACUUGGACUGCGCACAUCUACAAGUACGCAUUUACCCAGCUUUAACUGUGCUACGUUUUCAUUUUAAGUAGUGCUAAUGAAUUGACUUACUCUCCAUAUUUAACACUAUUUUAUUACCCUGAUAGCAGUGGAUUUAAGUCAGAGUUCCUGUUGAUGACCUUCUUGAGUUUGUUGUACUUUUCUGAAAAUUGAAAGGUGAAAGGACUACAUUGAUAACAGGUCAUUUAUAGUGCAACAGGCUGUUACACACGGGAAGUGAUGAGAAUAAAAGCAGCAAACCAACCCUCCUCUAACUAUCUAGUUACUUCUAAAUCAGGACUGUGAUUGUUGAAAGAGCAGAAUGUACAUUUAAAAGAAGCUGUUUGAAUAGUAAAUAUUUAUUCAGCUUUUGCAGUAUGCGACACAUCAUUACUGUUGUAUGUAUAACUUUUAACUUAUGUGGGUUGAGUUUUGUAUAUGGAAUGCUUUAAUAAAAUACUGA